ACUAGCAGAGCUAAGAUAAUGCUGGGGUUUAUCUUCAGAGGGAUAGUGUCCAGAAGCAAUGCUGUCACUCCGCAAGCCCACAUAGGCCCAGUCAGCGUGACUGUGCAGUUCUGAAGGGUUUACAAGGAGAGGAACAUCAGACUAUCAGGCUGCUUCACGGGGCCCAGAUGAAGACUACCAGGACAAUGAAAAACGGAGAGGGAAGGAUAUGAUUGGAGGCUAGAAAACACGGAAUACUUCUGAAUAACGACCAGGACAGACCUAGAUCAUGAAGGGAGUUUUCUUAACAAGAACACAGGAAAAAAGAAUGACAACAAAUGCUACCUACUCCCUAGAUCUUGAAAAGUAAUUUGUUACAGAGGGGAUUGCAACCUAAUGGAAUGGGGUGUGGAAAGUGCUUACACUGCAGAUGUGGAAUUUGAUAACCUGUGUCAGAAACUUGGUGUUUGUGGUAAUGUGAAAGAUGAAGCACUGAAACUGUGGGACUCUGUGUCACAAGCCCCCACUACUAUACCAGAAUCUGAAAUACGAAGUAAAUUUUGUGGAGUCUGCAUUUUUGUUGCAGCAACAGAACUGGAUGCAAGGACAUUCACAUUUUCAGAUUUUCAAAAAUGUGUAGAUGUCAGUGUGAGCUUAUUUAAUGACCUCCUGACAAUGAUGGACAUGACUAUCAUCACCAUUAGCACUAAAGUUAAUAACGUUGUGACAAGACUGUUGAAGAAAUAUGACUUGCUGCUUGCACUAUAUAACAAUUUUAAAAGAACCAGUGAAAAAAUAUUUAUGGAUUCCUCACUUGAACAGAUGCGUUCUGAACAAGAUGCUUCCUUAUUUAUUAGAGGGACAUGGAUCACCUUUUUACUUGUAAAAGGAAAAGUACUGCAGAUGGAAGAUGACCUGGUGAUCUCCCUUCAGUUACUGAUUUGUGUACUAGAGCACUUUAUCAAACUCACACCCCCUGUCCUACUGAAUGAACCAUACAAAACUGUUGUAAUAGAAUUAACAACAUCUGUGAGUCACCGAACGUCAAGGCGUAGUCAAAACAGAAAUGCUCGCAUAUCCAAGGCAACAGAAACUGAUACCAGAGUCUUGGAAACCCUUUGUAAAGAAAAUGAAUGUAACCUAGAAGAGGUUAUAAACAUUAAUUCAACUAGUGUUCUUCCCAUCCUGGACUCGUUGGGCAUUUUAACAUCUCUUGAAGAUUCAAAGGGGGAAGAUCUUUCCAAACAGUAUGAAGAACUUUAUCUAAAAACCAAAGAUUUUGAUGCAAGAUUGUUUUUGGAUAAUGACAAAACAGUACUGCCUGUUAAAAUGGAAUGGUCCGAGUUAGAAAGAACUCCAAGAAAAAGCAAUUCCCAAGAAAAAAAUGUCCUUAUUCCUCCACAGACACCUGUAAGGGCUGCCAUGGAUGUUAUUCAGCAAUUAAAGAUGACACUACAUUCUGCAAGUGACCGACCUUCAGAAGCUCUAAUCUCUUAUUUUAAUAACUGCACUGUGAAUCCAACGGAAGACAUUAUUAAAAGAGUGGAAUAUCUUGGGAAUGUCUUUAAGGAGAAGUUUGCAGAAGCACUAGGCAUGGAAUGUGCUGAAAUUGGAUAUCAGAGGUUCAACCUUGCAAAACGGCUGUACUUCCGAGUCAUGGAAUCCAUGCUAAAAUCUGAGGAGAAGCGCCUGUCAGUACAGAAUUUUAGUAAACUACUGAACAUUGAUACUUUCCAUACAUCACUGCUGGGUUGUUCUGUUGAGGUUGUUAUGGCAACAUAUGGCUCUUCAGGAUCAAUUCUACAAACUGGUACCACUCAUGCUGAAACAAAUCUAUCUUUCCCAUGGAUUCUGCAUAUUUUUAAACUGAAAGCUUUUGACUUCUACAAGGUGAUUGAAAGUUUUAUCAAAGUGGAGCCUUGCCUGACUCGAGAAAUGGUGAAGCACCUAGAAGGAUGUGAACAUCGAAUUAUGGAGUCCCUUGCCUGGCAGACUGAUUCACCUAUUUUUGAGCUGAUAAAACAGUCACGGGAACAAGAAGGGCAGACAGAGCAACCUGAGCCAACUAGCAGCUUUAGCCUACCACUCCAGCACAGCCACACUGCUGCAGACUUGUACCUUUCACCUGUAAGGUCUCCAAGGAAACAGGGUCCAGUCGCUGUACGUGUGAAUUCCACACCUUGUGCAGAAAACCAAGCUGUAGCUACAGUUCAGGCAUUGCAUCCUCCAAAGCAGCAGAAAUCUACCUCACUAUCACUAUUUUUCAAGAAAGUAUACCGACUGGCAUAUCUUCGACUAAAUGCACUGUGCUCACUACUGCUUCCUGGAAAUACAGAACUAGAACAAGUAAUCUGGACAUUAUUUCAGUACACCUUGCAAAAUGAAUAUGAACUCAUGAAAGACAGGCAUCUUGACCAGAUCAUGAUGUGUGCCAUGUAUGGCAUUUGCAAGGUGAAGAAUAUAGACCUCCGAUUUAAAACCAUUGUUACUUUUUACAAGGAUUUACCAAAUACAAGUCAAGAGACAUUCAAACAUGUUCUCAUUAGAGAUGGAAAGUAUGACUCCAUCAUUGUCUUCUAUAAUCAAGUGUUCAUGCAGAAGUUGAAAACUAACAUUCUUCAGUACGCCUCUCCUAGGCCACCAACACUGUCACCAAUCCCCCACAUACCUCAAAGUCCUUACAAGUUCCCAAGUUCUCCUAUGCGUGUCCCUGGUGGGAACAAUAUAUACAUUUCACCAAUGAGGAGUCCUUACAAACCUUCUGAAGGCCCUUUGUCACCCACCAAAAUGACGCCUCGAUCGAAAAUUUUGGUGUCAAUUGGUGAAACAUUUGGGGCACCUGAGAAGUUUCUGAAAAUCAACCAGAUGGUGAGCAGUAGUGAGCGCUUGUUGAAGCGAGGUGGUGAAACAAGUAACCCACCCAAGCCACUGAAAAGGUUGCGUUUUGACAUGGAUGGGCAGGAUGAGGCAGAUGGAAGCAAACCCAUCCCUGGUGAUUUAAAAUUUAUGCACCAUAAACUCGUUGAAAUGACCUCAUUGAGAACACGGAUGCAAGAACAGAAGCAGAAAGAUGGGUCUGGUACCCCAGUGAAGGAAGAGAACUGAUGUAAAUUGCUCAGGAUGUUUCCCUGCACUGCAUGUUUUUUUUCUCUACUGUAGUUUUAUUGUCGGUCCAUUUUAUUGUAAACUAUGUUUCAUGCAUUCUACUGCUUUUAAAAUAUUUUGGACUUACCUUAAGCUGUAAUCGGUACAGAGAUGCAUGCAUUUUUUUAUUAAUAUACUUUGUGGACCAUUUUAAAUCUGCGUAUCAGAGAAAGAGACCUUCAUUUUUUAGUAAAUUACUGUGGUGUCUGUCAGUAACACCGCUGUAAAGUAAUUGCUUAAAAUAAAGCAAAAAUAUUUGUUAAAGUUUAAGUGCCAUAAGAAUAGAUCCUACCAUUUCAGAUGCACUAUUUUUAAGUUGUCAAAACUGAAUGCACUAUUUGCUUACGGAUGCAAAUUUUAAUAUUGUGUAAUGCACAGUAAAAAAGCAGGGUGCAGGUAUUGGUUAGGUAUUGUAACCAUACUACUGAACAAAUGGUUUAUACCUCAUUUAUAUGUAGCAUAAAAUGCUCACUCAGUAAAUCUGAUAUGUGGUGUAUGUGACUUCUGAGCAUAGUUAUGUUAUCUUUUAGUCAAGGCUGACUGUAAUGUAUUCAGAGGCUCUCAGUACUGGCCAGUCAUUUGUUGAACAGUGUAUCUUGUGCCUUUAGUAAUGUGUAUUAAAAUAUGUAGUACUGGCUUAUACAUAUGUGAAUAUGCAAAGUAGACUGGUAGCGUGCAGUGUUGGUUUGAAGUUUUUAUUACAUUUGGAAUUCAGUUGUAUCUAUAGUAUGUUUAUAAAUUGCUACUUAUUUCAUAUGAAAAAAGAAAGAAACUAAAUGCAGUACUAUUUCCAUAUCUAAAACAUGUUUUUUGUUUCUUUUUUUAAUUGUCUCACAAAAUAUUCCUUUAAAUCCUUUUACUGCCCACUUGUAGAAUAUUGGAUGAAUGCCACUUCAUUGUAGUUUAAGCUAAAUUAGCAGUUUUCUCAGCACCCCCUGCUCAGUAUAUACACUAGUGCUUAACUGUAGCAUGCAAGUUUCAUUUUUAUUUCUCUAUGUCCUUUCAAAUUUUACCACCAUGCUCAAACCUCUAACAACUUUUAAGACUACAUUUACAAAGAAAUGGCGAUGUACUGCCCAGUAGUAGAGUGCUGUCAUGCACUGCAACAUAUUUUUUUUUCAUUGUUGAAUAAGAAAAUCUCUUGCAUCUUUUUGCUGUAAUAGAGUGUCUUAAUACAUUUACUUAAAUAAAAUCCCAUUCAGAGUGUA